UGAAAGUCAUACAUUACACUUGAUAUUCUGACAAAGCCGAUACAUAUUACCUUACAAUACUGUGACUGUCAUACUGGAAUUAUAACCUUUGUAAAUUUGUUGAUGCUAUUUAUACAGUGUUAUACACAUGUUACACUUAAACGAAUACUAAAUAUGCACACAGAAGAUGGAUAAUCGAUCUCACUUUUAUUUAUAUUCAUAAUGUCUUACGAUUGUGAAACAUGCCGUACAUAGUUUAAAAUAUGCUGUGAUAAGAAACACAUCAGGCACAUGUGUAUACAUCGACCUAUACAUUGACUAACUGUACUUUAAAAGUGGACUACGGCCGAACCGGACCAUUGAUUGUAAGUAGAGAAAAUGAGAAAUUUCAGAAUGAAAAUAUAUUGUGCGUUUCGCGGUGGUGUUAAAUCGGACAAAAUAGAAAGUCCCUUACAAUCAACUAUCGUUAUAUCCAUUGCUUUUUUCUUUGUGUUUUCUGCCUUCAUGUCGAUCCAGGCAUUACAGAAUAGUUUGAACAUGGAAGCAGGACUUGGAGUUAAGUCUCUUGCAUGUUUAUACAGCGCUAGUAUAGUGUCGUCACUACUUGCUCCGUUCUGUAUUAAAGUUCUUGGUGGAAAAAUUACAGUGGUGGCAGCGUUUUCUUGCCAUGCUAUAUAUGUAAUGAGUAACUUCUAUCCACGGUUUUACACUUUGAUUCCAACGUCAAUACUUUUAGGAUUAGUUACCGGUCCACUAUGGACUGCGCAGAAUCUGUUUAUCACUGCUAGUGCCACGAGAAUUGCAGAGAAAAGAAAGAAAAACUUGAAAGAUGUUCUGAACCGACACAACGGAAUAUUUUUCUCUAUUCAUGGAGUGGCUUUCGGCAUUGGAAGUGUCGUCUCUUCUAUAAUUUUUCACACAGAUAUAACUUUACCAUCCGGAAACGUUUCCAAAUUGUGUGGCAUUUUAGAAUGUGACAGCUACCUACAACCAAACACCUCUAAUAUAUCUUUUAUAAGUACAAAUAGACCAUCAUCUCAGUUACUUCAUCAACUCUUUAGUGUUUACCUAGCAUUUGACAUGAUUGGUGUUGUCAUAGCAAUGGUACUAUUACCAACAUUACCAGUCAGUGAUUGGAUAAAAAAGAAAAGUGCUUUAAAGUCUGUCUAUUCCAUGUUUUCAUCUUUAUCGAACGUUAAAUUGGUGUUAUUUCUACCCUUAACUAUAAUGACUAGCGUACAACGCUUUGUUUUAUAUGCGGAUUUUACAAAAGCGUACAUCACAUGCCCAUUCAGUAUUGGAUGGGUAGGAUUAGUUAUGGCAAGUUAUGCAUUAACAAAUACAAUUAGUCUACAAAUUAUACAUGGAAUAGCAAAGUUGAUCAAACGUAAAAUUCUAGUAGCAUUCGCAGCCAUGGUUAACAUAGCGGAAAUGACGUUUUGGUUAUUUUGGAACCCAACAGCCGAUCACCUUCCUUUAGUAUUUGUAUCAGUCAUUUUAUGGGGAAUGACAGACGCAAUAUGGAAACUUGAAAUAUUUGGUACUAUACCAGUACUGUUUUCAACAAGGAAGGAACCAGCUUUCGCCAAUGUUCAUUUUUGGGGAUCUUUGAGUAGUGCAAUCUAUUUUGGAACAGCAAGCUAUCUUUGUGUCUUUACGAAACUUUUAGUGUGUAUUGCUUUAAUGAUUAUAUCAAUGCUGCUAUAUCUAAUAUUACAAAUAAAACUGUCCAGGGAACAGUCACCAGACAGACCUACAGAGCAGGAAAUCAGCAUCCAAGAGAAGGAACAAUUAAACAACACGUCUGCAGAUUGACAACGGCUGUUCAUAGA